AUGCAGCGCGCAACAAUAACUGGCAUUCGCAUUCGCUCCCCUGCCGAUGCCCGUGUAAUCUUCCAUUCCGUCUACCUCAAUAUGUUCCCUAUGGUCACUCGUCGUCUCGACACCGAGGAGCGCAGUCUUAUAUCAACGGGAUCCGUCUAUGUUUGGGAGGAAAGAGGUCUCAGGUGGGCAUCGAAAGAUGGACUGAUGGCGAGUUUGACUUACAUUAGACUGUUUUCAUCGAUCCUUACGCCAUAUCCAUCAGGUAUCCGCUGGGGUCCAUCAAGAGUGCGAGAAGGGUUUCUUUUUUAUCACGAAAAACCUUCAUCCCAACAAUUAUACGCAGAUAGUUUGUCCCCAUCUUAUGAUCCUAUGCGGUCCGUUUUGAUCAAACAGACAUAUACUGUGUAUGUCGAUACACCGCGUGGCCGGCGGAAGUGGCAUCUUAUCGCAUACUUUACCGAAGACACUGUUAGUCGGCUCAGAUCAAUCGAUGAUAUUCCUCAAUUAGCCAACUUGGCCGUUCCUCAUGGAAAAUACAAAAGCGCACGGUCUGCAAAAGGGAGGCCUGACCAUAUUUUUAAUCCUGACUCCGAAUCUUCUGUGUUCUCUCGACUGGAAUACGUGCCAUAUGCACCUAGACCUUCCUCGCCACCCACAGCCUCUCCAACAUCCACACACCCUUCACACACAGAUACGUGGCCUCCGGAGAGUCCAGCACACGAAGAACAACACAUCCCCCAUCGUCCUGGACCAGCCAGUUCAAGCUCCUCUGACGACGGGAAACGGGAGAGAUCCCUACAACCACUACACUAUCUUGAAAUGAAUGCUCCACCCCGACGGGAUCCUGCAGAUGAGAGGAUCUUGAUGCUAUUGACGGCUCGCCGUGCCCAGGGUUUUGGUGACGGACCACUGCUUGGCCCAUGA